AUGGGGGCGACUACUCGAGCUCUGCUCGUCUCCUGCUUCCACGGCGGCGGCGGCUCAGAGAUGAGCCACCGCCUCUCCCUGCGCCCGCGGUACCCGUCAAUGCUGCGGCGCCCGAAGGGAGUGGCGGUUGCUGGCGGCGGAGGAGACGGGGACCUGGAGGCCGCGGUCGGUACGGGGGAUCAGGAGGAGGAGGAGAAGGUGGCGGUGUUCUCCGUGUCCGGGAUGACCUGCGCCGCGUGCGCGGGGUCGGUGGAGAAGGCCGUGAAGCGGCUCCCGGGCAUCCACGACGCCGCCGUCGACGUCCUCUGGGGCCGCGCGCAGGUCGUCUUCUGCCCAGCCUUUGUCUCGGAGAACAAAAUUACUGAAGCCAUUGAGGAUGUUGGUUUCGAAGCUAAAUUGAUUGAUGAGGAGGUCAAGGAAAAGAACAUUCUACUUUGCAGGCUACAUAUAAAAGGAAUGGCCUGCAAGUAUUGCACAAGCACAGUUGAAUUUGCCUUGCAAGCUUCUCCUGGAGUUCAAAGAGCUUCAGUUGCAUUGGCUACUGAAGAGGCUGAGAUCCGUUAUGAUCGCAGGAUUAUUUCUGCUAGCCAGCUAAUCCAAGCAGUGGAACAAACUGGCUUUGAAGCGAUACUAGUGACCACAGGAGAAGACCAGAGCAGGAUAGACCUCAAAAUGGAUGGUGUUCUCGACGAGAGGUUGAUAAUGAUAUUGAAAAGCUCUGUAGAGGCCCUUCCUGGUGUGGAAAACAUUAAAUUCAACUCUGAGCUACACAAGGUCACCAUCUCAUACAAGCCUGACCAGACAGGUCCCCGAGACCUCAUUGAAGUCAUCAAGUCAGCCACAUUUGGUAAUGUCAAUGCAUCAAUAUAUCCGGAAGCAGAUGGAAGGGGCCAACAUAGGUAUGGGGAAAUCAAACAAUACAGGCAGUCUUUCAUGUGGAGCUUAAUAUUCACCAUUCCAGUUUUUCUCACCUCCAUGGUGUUCAUGUAUAUCCCUUGGCUAAAGGAUGGGCUGGAAAAAAAAGUUAUCAACAUGAUGAGCAUCGGUGAACUAUUUCGGUGGAUUUUGUCAACACCGGUCCAAUUUGUUAUCGGUGGCAAAUUUUAUGCUGGUGCUUACAAGGCAAUGUGCCGUGGCUCACCGAACAUGGAUGUCCUUAUUGCUCUAGGGACAAACACGGCUUACUUCUACUCAGUUUACUCAGUUCUUCGAGCAGCUACCUCUGAGAAUUACAUGUCAACUGAUUUUUUUGAGACUAGUUCCAUGCUCAUAUCAUUUAUCCUUCUUGGAAAGUACCUUGAGAUCUUGGCAAAAGGAAAAACCUCUGAGGCUAUCGCCAAGCUGAUGGAUCUUGCACCGGAAACUGCAACACUUUUAAUGUAUGACAAUGAAGGAAAUGUGGUAGGAGAGAAGGAGAUUGACAGCAGGCUAAUUCAGAAAAACGAUGUGAUCAAAGUAGUCCCAGGUGGAAAAGUUGCUUCUGAUGGAUUUGUUAUUUGGGGCCAGAGCCAUGUGAAUGAAAGCAUGAUUACUGGAGAAUCGCGACCAGUAGCAAAGAGAAAGGGUGACACUGUAAUUGGAGGGACAGUGAAUGAGAAUGGCGUGCUCCAUGUCCGGGCUACAUUUGUGGGAUCAGAGGGUGCACUGGCACAGAUUGUAAGGCUAGUUGAGUCAGCACAAAUGGCAAAAGCUCCUGUCCAGAAGUUUGCUGAUCAUAUAUCUAGAGUCUUUGUUCCCCUGGUGAUUCUUCUUUCAAUGCUUACUUGGCUCGCAUGGUUCGUCGCGGGGAGGCUCCAUAGCUACCCUCACUCAUGGAUACCACAAUCCAUGGAUAGCUUUCAGCUCGCUCUCCAGUUUGGGAUAUCAGUUAUGGUGAUCGCCUGUCCUUGCGCCCUUGGGCUGGCUACUCCAACUGCUGUGAUGGUUGCAACUGGAGUUGGUGCUUCACAUGGUGUUCUGAUCAAGGGUGGGCAAGCUCUGGAGAGUGCACAGAAGGUCGACUGCAUCGUUUUUGACAAGACAGGGACGCUAACUAUUGGGAAGCCUGUUGUUGUUGACACAAAGCUUCUUAAAAACAUGGUCUUGCGUGAAUUCUAUGACUAUGCUGCUGCAGCAGAAGUCAACAGUGAGCACCCCAUGGCAAAAGCAAUAGUGGAGCAUGCGAAAAAGUUGCAUCCAGAAGAAAACCACAUUUGGCCUGAAGCAAGGGAAUUCAUUUCAGUAACUGGGCAAGGUGUCAAGGUGGAGAUUAGUGAGAGGAGUGUCAUUGUGGGCAACAAGAGCUUUAUGUUGUCUUCUGGCAUUGAUAUCCCCUUGGAAGCUUCGGAAAUUCUCAUGGAAGAAGAGGAGAAGGCGAGGACAGGGAUUAUUGUGGCGAUCGACCAAGAAAUUGUGGGCAUAAUCUCUGUAUCUGAUCCGAUAAAACCAAAUGCCCAUGAAGUGAUAUCAUACCUCAAGUCCAUGAAUGUGGAGAGUAUAAUGGUGACUGGUGACAACUGGGGGACAGCUAAUGCUAUCGGCAAAGAGGUUGGCAUUGAAAAGAUUAUUGCCGAAGCGAAACCAGAGCAGAAGGCUGAGAGGGUGAAGGAACUUCAGCUGUCUGGAAGAACCGUGGCGAUGGUUGGUGAUGGAAUCAACGACUCCCCAGCGCUUGUCUCGGCUGACGUGGGGCUGGCAAUCGGCGCAGGAACGGAUGUUGCCAUCGAAGCUGCCGACAUUGUCCUCAUGAAGAGCAACCUGGAGGAUGUGAUCACCGCCAUCGAUCUGUCCAGGAAAACCUUCUUCCGCAUACGCAUGAACUACGUCUGGGCGCUCGGGUACAACGUCAUCGGCAUACCGAUUGCUGCAGGGGUGCUCUUCCCGUCCACUGGGUUUCGCUUGCCGCCGUGGGUUGCCGGUGCUGCGAUGGCAGCUUCGUCAGUCAGUGUCGUCUGCUGGUCCCUGCUGUUGAGGUACUACAAGGCUCCAAAGAUUUUUGCAGUUGAUGACACAGCUGGAAGACGGGCAUAUCAUUUGCCAAAACAAAUUACUCUGUAUAUAUCACAUACUAUAUCACUGGCACUGCUGCUGCUGGAAUGA